CGCACCUGGGCGCCGCCGGGCCGGGGAUGCGGGACCCGCCGCCGCCGCAGCCGGAUCGGACUCGGGGUCCGGAUCGGGGCCCGGAUCGGGGCCAUGCGGCGCGCGCUGGUGCCCGAGAUCCGCCCGCUGGACCAGUAUGACAGCGCCCGCGCCCGCCGCGCCGCCAGCCUGGCCUGGGCGCUCGCCACCGCGCACGGCGGCGCCGGGAAGGUGCCCCUGGAGCUUCAGGAGCCGGUGUACACGGACCAGUAUGCGCAGGAACACGUGAAGCCACCGGUGACGCGCCUGCUACUGUCGGCCGAGCUGCUGUGCCGUGCCUGGCGCCAGGCCCUGCCAGGGACCGAGGCGGGUGGGGCCCCCCGUGACCACACUGCCCUCCUGGCCCUGCUGGCCCAGCAUGGCCUGGCUCCUGCGCUGCACGGCCGCCCCGUCACCGCUGCUGACCUGCACCACGCACCCCUCAACAUGGGUGCCCACCUGGCUGUGAUUGACUCGCUCAUGGUGGCGUUUGCCACAGAAGCCACGAGCUCACUACCCACGCCCCCUGGCAUGGACAUGGGGCCUGAUGCCUGGGAGCAGAAGCUGCUGUGCUGGGUGGACAUGGUGACCCGCAAGCUGCAAGACAGCACAGAGCGGGAGAGCUCCCAGCGCCCUACCCCGGGCACCGAAGGGCUGGCCCAGCCCUCAACCCCCGGCCACAAGUGUCCCACCCGGUGGUACUGGAAACUGGUUCCUCAUGCCAUCGCUUUUUGUUUGAAGGAGUCGGGGAGUAAACCUCCUGUGAUCCGGUACCGGAAGGACAAGGUGCUGCCCACACAGGCACCCUGUUUCCCUGCCAUCACUGGGCUGCAGGACCUGGCCAGCGGUGCUGCCCUGGCAGCCAUGCUGCACUACUACUGCCCCCAGCUUGUGCGCCUUGAGGACGUGUGCCUGAAGGAGCCAAUGUCUGUGGCUGACAGCCUGUACAACCUGCAACUGCUGCAGGACUUCUGUGCCCGGCGCCUGGGAGGAGGCUGCCCGCUGGCCUUGGAGGACCUGCUCUACAUGCCCCCUGCCCUCCGGGUGAACAUAGGGGCCUUCCUGGCCGAGCUUUUCCUGUGCUUUGAGGUGCUGAAGCCCGACUUCGUGCGGCCCCGCGACCUAGGAGACCUCAGAGACUCCCCAGGGCUGAGCGAUGCCCUGACUCCCAACAGCUGCGGCAGCAACAGUGGCUCCCCCGUGUUCAGCUUCCGGCACCCAUUCUUCCCUGGGGCAGCAGCACUGUCCCCACUCCGUGGAUCACCUGGGCCCUUGCACCACUCGACCUCGAUGUCCCACGUGGAAGGCGGCUUCGGCAAGGCCUGGAGCAGGAAGCAGCUCAGCAGCCACCCGCUGUCGCAGGCAGUGUCGUUCAGCAUCCCCUUUGGGCUGGACAGCGACGUGGACAUUGUGAUGGGCAACCCCGUGGGACUGCUGCGCUCAGCCAGCUCCGACAGCCUGGCGCCACCCCGGCGUGCCCACUCCCCUGCCCCAGCCUCAACCCCAGUCACCCGUACCAUCCACAAGCUGCCUCUGACCCCCAAGGUGGCAGCAGUGGCCGGGGGGGCCGCAGAGCCCCCACUGGAGAAUGGGUUGACUGAGGCGCUGGGUGAGCUGCCCACCAUCGAGGAGGCACUGCAGAUCAUCCACAGUGCCGAGCGCCUGGUGCCUGAUGGCGCCCCUGCUGGCUUCUACCUGCACUCACCUGAGCCCUCAAAGGCACCCGAACCACUGCCCAUGGCCUCCCCCCGCACCCGCCACGGGCCCCCAAAUGGUGACGAUGCCAGCUCCCCCAGCUCGGGCUCCUCAGGCGGCUCGGGUGUGCGCAUGACCAGCUUUGCUGAGCGCAAGAAGAAGCUGGCAGCAGGCGCAGGGCAAGAAGCAGGUCCAGAGCGGGUGGCAGAGCUGGGCCCAGCAGGCAGCGCAGCACUGAGCUCAGAGAUGAGUGAGCUAGGUGCCCGGCUGGAGGAGAAGCGCCGUGCCAUCGAGGCCCAGAAAAAGCGCAUUGAGGCCAUCUUUGCCAAGCACCGCCAGCGCUUGGGCAAGUCAGCCUUCCUGCAGCUGCGGCGUCAUGAGGCUGGAGAUCCUGUGGCCCAGCUGCCAGCACCACCACCGCAGGGGGGAGAUGAGCAGGGGGCACCACCCGGACUUCCGCGGCCACGCCAAGUCAGCUUCUGCCCAGAGCCGGGGGGCACCAAGACGGAGGAGGAGCUGGGCGACUACAAUCGAGCAGUGGCCAAGCUCAACACAGCACUGACCUCACUGCAGCUGGACAUGCAGCGCCUGAGUGCACAACAAGAGCGCCUCCUGCAGGACAAAAGGCCCAGCCAAGCCUGGGUCAUCCCAGCCCCGAAGGGCAAUCGCCCGCCCCCCACCUCUGCAGCCUCCUCGCCCCCCCGCCGUCCACCCAGUGCUGUGGUCACGGCUGCCCCCCGCUCCCCGCAGCCAGUGCCCCGGAGCCGCACAGCGCCUGCAGCUACCCCCAAGAGUCCCAAGCGGGCACGGCCAGUGGAGCUGAAGUUGCCACCACUUACACGGGUUCUGACACCGCCACAGAAUGUCGACACGCUGCCGCACCUGCGCAAAUUCUCAUCCAACCAGGUGCCCGUUCAGACCCGCUCCUCCAUCCACUUCUCCGAGGAUGAGGGGGAGUCUGAGGUGCCUGAGCCCCCAGCCCAGCCCCAGCCAGAGUCACCUGAUCCAGGGCCAAGGGGUGGGCCAAGGGGGGCAGGGGGGCCACGGGCAUGUGGGGAUGGUACCAGUGAUGCCUCAUCACCUGGGGAGCCACGCAGCAGCUUGGUGGAGGUACCACUGGGCAGCCUGCAUACCGGCAGUGACAGUGAUGAGGACAACGGGGCCGACUCCCUCGAGGGCUCUGUGGCUGAAGGGCUGGAGCCUGAGCCCCGUCCCAGCCUCGGCUUCUACUUCAAGGCUGAGGCAGAGGCAGCAGUGGAGGCAGAAAUGGCGCAGAAGCGGGCCAACCUGCUGGAGCGGCAGCAGCGGCGCAGCGAGGAGGCGCGCCAGCGCCGGCAGUGGCUGGAGGCAGAGCAUGAGCAGCGGCGCGAGGAGGCACCACGGCUGGAGGUGGAGGAGCAGAGCCGGGCGCCGGCACCAGUGCUGGAGCCAGAGGAGAGUGCGGCAGGGCUGGCCUCAGGGGGUGUUGUGGGAGCUGGGGGCCGGCGCGGAGCUUUCACACGGCAGGAGCACCAGCGGCGUCAGCAGCUCAAGCUCAUGGAAGACCUGGACAAGGUGCUGAGGCCCAAGGCACCUGGUGCCCGGCCCCACCGGCGUGGCCGCCCCCGCACCGUCUGUGAUGACUCUGCCCUGGCCCGCAGCCCCCCCAAGGGCCUACUCGGUGCACGGCUGAGCAAGGUGUACUCCCAGUCCACCCUGUCCCUGUCCACUGUGGCCAACGACCACAGCAAUGCCCUCGGUGUCAAGCAUCCGUCCAGGGCAGCAUCGCCCGUGUCUCCAAGCCGCCUCCUGAGCACCCAGAGCCGCGAGCGGGACUGGGAGAAUGCGUCCACCGCCUCCUCGCCUGCCUCUGUGCCUGAGUACACAGGUCCAAAGCUAUACAAGGAGCCAAGCGCCAAGUCCAACAAGCACAUCAUCCACAAUGCGCUGGCGCACUGCUGCCUGGCCGGCCGUGUCAAUGAGCCCCAGAAGAACCGUGUGCUUGAGGAGAUUGAGAAGAGCGCGGCCACUCACUUCCUGAUCCUGUUCCGUGACGGCGGGUGCCAGUUCCGGGCAUUGUAUGCAGCAGGCACCGAGGGCGAGGGGUUGACACGCCUGGCAGGCUGUGGCCCCCGUGCCGUGGCCCCCACUAUGAUUGAGGGAGUCUACAAGUACAGCUCAGACCGCAAGCGCUUCACACCCAUCCCCUCGCGCUCGCUCUCCAUGAGCGUCGAUGCCUUCACCAUCCAAGGCCACUUCUGGCAGGGCCGCAAGCCGCCCACCCCCAAGAAGCCAGGGACCCCGAAGUAGCCCCUGGCCAGCAAUGAGCCAGCCCGGGCUCCUGGGUCCUGAAGCCCAGCCCCUGCCUGCUGGUGACCCCACUCCCUGGACUGUGGGGGUGGGGCAGGGCCCGGACACUUGGGUUCCUAAGCUGAGUCCCCACUCUGGGGUCCUGGCCUGCUGGACUGCAGUGGGCAGGGCAGGACCCGGACACCUGGCUUCUGAAGCUAAGCCCCCCAUGCCAGGCUGCUGUGGGUGGGGCAGGGCCUGGAUGCCUGGGUCCUAGAGGCUUUGAGCUGGGCACAUGCCAAGGGGUGCUGGGGUCUGGUAGAAACUGCCAAAUCCCCUUACGAGCCCUACGGUCAGAGGGUGUGGGGGGUCCUGCCUACUACCCCCCUGGGGGGGGCCUUUGCUGCCUGCUGAUUGGAGUCCUAGUGCCCUUAGGGGUCUGUGUCUGUUGGAUGAAGCCGCACGUGGAGGGGGAGGGGUUGGGUCAGAGUUAUGUCCUGCGUCUUGUCGGGUGUCGGCGCUUCUGCACCGGUGAAGGAGGGUGUGUGUCUCUUGUCUGUCUGUCUGUCUGUCUGUCUGUCUGCCCCCCCCCUUGCCUACUGGGGAGUGGAGCCUGGGGGGUUGCCCUGGGUUGGGGGGGGGGCCCUAUGCUGAUCCUGCCAAAGGGCAUUGGACUGCACCGAGCUGUGACCCCCCCAGGGGAGCAAAGGGCUGUGCCAGACCAGCCUCCCCUCUCCACCCCCUUGGGUUGGUCUGUCUAUUUGUCUGUCUGUUUGCAUCUCCUGUGGCCCUGCAUGGUGCAGGGCCAGGGCCUUGUCACUUAAUAAAGCAACGAUAAUGAA